AUGUCUAUCUCACUGCUUCCAGAGGAGCUUCUUGUCAUGAUCUUUGACUUUGCAACCUUGAAUGACCGUGUUGACCUCAGUACACCAAAACGAGACAACGCCACCUUACGAUCUCUGGGCCUUGUCAGCAACCGGUUCCACCGCAUAGUCCAGCCUCUUCUCUUUGAAGAGAUCAGCUUCAUUUAUUCUGGAGAUCAGCAAUCCCAAGUUUCACCGAUUGAGCGCACACGUCAGCUCCAUGCACUGCUGAAGCAUGAUCACGAAUGCAAGUUGCGCGACAUCUGCCUUGCCUUUUAUGUUGACAUCGAUGACUACGGCCAAGAUAAUCAAAGCGAUUAUCAAAUCGUGCUUGAUUUAUUAUCCUGGUUUACCCGACUCCGCUCACUGGUCAUCGUGGGUGGCUUCUUCCUCAACGCGCCGGACUCAGUUCGCGCCCUCACACUGGAGACAAUCAAUCGCGCCAAAGAUCUUGGUCAGCUAAGAACACUGAACCUUGAAGGCCAUAUGUGGGACGGGCGAGGUGGUAUCACCCUUGCCGAAGUGAUGAAAUCAGUCGACUCCCAGUCCCUCGAUACGCUAGAAGUCACGACAAUUGGACUUUCUGACCUGCCCGCCAUCCAAGAAAUGGUUGAUAUCGACAAGCUACGAACGGCAAGCUUUACAAAGCUUCGCCUGAUCGCUUGCAAGGACGACCCAGAAGCAAUCGCCGCGUUGAUCCACUGGCCAAAGCAGCUGAUCAAUUUCACCAUCAACACGUCUGGCAAUUGGGGUCCCGGAAUGAGCCUGCAGGAUAUGGCGGCAUGCCUCUCAAUCCAUAAAGAUACCCUCACGACCAUCUCAAUCGACCUCUUAGGUAGACCGCAUGGGCUGACUUUCGACACCAGAAAGUUCCCCCACUUGGAUGAGCUUUGGCUAUCCAGGACUCAGAUCUGCGAAGAUCCCUGGGGCCAGGAGUUCGAGUGGGAUCCAGUCCAUGCGGAUCUCCUACUUGGUCCGAGUCUUCGAACGUUCGGGUUGGUGUUUGGGGUCAUGGGUCACACCGUGAUCAACAACUGGGGGUCCUUGGAGGAAGAGUGGAUUCGUCAAUUGGCGAAGGUAGCGUGUGAACGGCGCGCUGUCCUGAGCACAAUUGCGAUCACAUUCAACCCCUCGGACCCUCACCCAAAUCCCGACGUUGGGGUGUAUCGAGACGGGAAGUAUGAGUAUCCGUGGGAUAGAAUGGACAAGCUGGCCAAAGAGAUCAAGGAAUAUGGUCUCGACCUGUACUAUUCCACUCCGACGUGGACGAAGGAAGAGUGGUUGUCUCUGUGUGGAGACCAGAUCAGCAAUGGCUGA